AUGUUUAACAAUAGAAGAAGUAUGGGAGAAGGUAAUAAUCAACAAACAUCAACAAUUGAACUACAAUUACAGGAAAUACAACAAUUAAUUAAUGAUACCAAUUAUUUAAUUAAUAAGAAUUCACAGCAUUUACAUGAUUUAUUAAAUAGGCAGAUAUCGACAGUUGAAAAAGAAGAUACAUUCAAUGAAAUACAGGAGAAGCUUUCUUAUUUAUUAAAUGAAUUUAAAGGGGUGAGUAGUAUUAAUAACAAUCUAAUAGAUGUUAAAGAAGAUUUAAAGAAUAAUAUACGAUUGCCACAACUUUCUAAUUAUUUUAAUGAAAUUAUUAAUUCAACAAUUGAUUUACAACAAGAUAUUCCUUCAAUUAACAAAGAGUAUUCACUUCAAUUGAAAAAUACAAUUAAUUCAUUUAACAACUUAUAA